AACGGAAGAUUUGCAUUUGUCAACAAGUUUGGCGGAAUAUAUACCCAAGCAAUCAUGACGUUCAUUACCCCUUGAACGCGCCGGUGUAAAGUUAAUAACUGAUUCUAAGUUUGAUAUAGUGGCCAAGGUGUCGCCGGUGUUCUUCCUGCAAUAGCCCGUAUGUGAAUCCUAGCCCUAGCCUACAAUAUAUGCUUAGGUGCAUACUAAAAUGCCGUACCAAUUGUAUCUGUUUUAGUGGCACCUCAGUUUCCAGGUACCCAGGGGAGCACGGCAUCACCCAAAUCCCCAUUUAUAUACUUCCCUACAGCAACAUUCGUUUCACGUUCUUGCCUGCUUCUAUUCCUACUAUUACUUUCCCGUCACCGCAUCUCCCCACACAAAUCCGGGUCUGAUGUCACCGACUCAGAAGAUCAUGCUCCAGCAAUCCACACCCAAGUGUCCAUCUGGGUCCUUCUGAAGAAACUCGAAUUCCCUUUCUUUGCAAUAUGGUUGUGUUUCCUCGUAACGAUGAUAUUCCCAGUCUACACCCAAGUAAUUCUUUCAGUCCGCCUAGAGGAUAUGUCCACUAGGAUGUUCAAAUCGGACAUAUUCAUUCCCAUUGGGUUCAUGCUCUGGAACUUGAGUGAUUUAUCGGGAGGAGUAGUC